CGCCACUGCGUCAAGUAUUGUGUGUCGCGUUUACGAGUAUCGUAUUCACGUCGCGACUUCAAGAUGUCGAUUAGUUUUUCCGGGGCCAUCAAACGCCCCGGCGGGAUAACGAGCUUGAUCGUAAAGCAGCUGCGGCGCGUCAAUCUAAUGCCCGUUAACAAGAUUGACAUCCGUUUCGAUCCGUUCGACCGUCAGUCCAAGCAGACGAGAGAUUUUCUAUUUUACAUUAGCGCUCCGAAAAUUCGUGCAACGAACCCGCAGUGCUCAUUAAAAACAGAUGUGUGUGAUCGUUCCGAGCCAAUCAUCACGUUCAAUCUUCAGUCAGGUGAAAAAGUGGUGUUAAAAACGGCCCUUUUAACAAGCCUGAACAUUUUACAACUUUACAACAAGCACAUCACUAGCCUGAUUCCGCCCGAUCCGGCUGAGCUUGAGGCUAAACAAGCACUCCUGGAAGAGAGGAAAAAGAAGAAAACGCGGCCGCAUCAUAAACAAAAAUUAUAUAAGAAGCAUAGAGGAGUGUAUCAUUUACUUUAAUUUCAUUGGCGACUUAUUGGACCGCUUAUUGGAUUUUACUAAACACCAAAAGGUGUCAGAUUUAUAUUAAAUAAUAAAGAAAUUUAUUUCGUGCAAUCAAAAUAUUA